AUGUCCUUCUUCGGAAAAGUUGACAAGUCGACAACCGGCUCUGUUGUCAAGAAGGUAGCAAAGCUACAGCUUCUUGCACCCUCCAAAACAGCUGGGAAGUCUGACAUACCACCUACUCGCGGGCGACAAAAUCCAUACCGCCAUUCUCUCAUACGCAACGCAGCUGGGUCCAUUGGGCUAGAGCAGUGGUUCAUAGGAGCAUUGGUGGGCGCUGGCCAGUGUAAGGACCAUGGACCCUCGAGUCCACGACGCCCGCAACCUGAAGGUGUCAAGCACCUACAAUCAUUUCAAUCAAGAAGCAGCGGGCUUCACUCGACUUUUAUAAUGCGCCGCCAGCAGCAUACAUCAGCAUGUGCCGCUGUCAGCGAAGGACAGAUUGGCAAAGACAGACUCUUAGCCCUUGUCGACCAUUACGAUCUCCAGCCCGACCCAUCUUCAGACGAAGUUCAAAUGUACCAGCUAGCCCCAGGGCCAAACCUCACAGUUUCAGACAAAUCAGAAGAUGUUGAAUGGCCGCCCCAAGAAUACCAGUGGCCUGCGGAUGGCGAAUCUCAGUCGAUUCUCAAGCAGCUGGGGGAAGCAUUGAAGGACCGAUACUAUGAUUCCGAGACCAUAUUUCAACUUUAUCGGUCACUCCCAUCGCCCAGAGUUCCAUACCUCAGUGCAAGAGUAAGGCAUCGGUUGCUUCGGAAUCUUGGGACGGUGCUGCGGAAGGAUGAGCGUUCCAUGAUGCGAUACUUAUCCGUCAUUGAUGAUAUGAAGCUAAAUGCUAUUUCUCUUACCCGGGAAGAAUGGAAUACUGCGACGUCAUUCGUGGCAAGCUACAUGGAUAAACCUACGACCAUCGAAGUCGAAGCAAGUCUAAAAAUGUUCAAGGAGAUGGAGCAUAUUGCGGGUGUUGAAGCAAACUCAGCGACAUUCAACAUUUUAUUCGAUGCAGCUACCAAGGCUGGCAAAUUUCAUCUCGCAGAAAUGAUAUACCAGGAAAUGAAGAACAGAGGACUUCCCUAUAACCGAUUCCAUCACGUCAGCCUAAUAUACUUUCAUGGACUCCGUGGAGACGGCGACAGCGUUCGAAGUGCGUACAAAGCACUUAUUGACGCUGGAGAGAUUGUCGACACAGUUGUUAUGAAUUGCGUUAUUGCUUCUCUCAUACGAGCCAGAGAACCACAGGCAGCAAUGCACGUAUAUGAGCGCAUGAAACGUUUACACGUCGAGAGCAGCGCUGAGCCACCACCCCGCGAUGCUCGAAAACGGAGAGAAAUGGACCGGUCGUUGGUUAAACUCGCAGAGCGAGGAAGGUUUAAUCCUGAAUUACUUGGGCAGUACAAGAAAACGUCGAUUAUCGCCCCUGACAUACGGACAUAUCGGCUCUUGAUUAACCACCUCGCCGUUCAUGGGGGUCAACUUCACAUGACUACUCGGAUGCUUGACGAUAUGUCCUUGUUCAACGUGCCCAUUCAUGGCUCAAUAUUUCUCGCUCUGUUCAAUGGCUUUGCAAACCACGGGGGCGAAUUGUAUUCGCACUGGACAGACAAACGCCUCGAAAGCGUUUGGUUAGCCUUUAUCAAAGCUCAUCAUGAUGAGCGCAACGAAGAUGUAUAUAUAGGGAAGUGGACUGUGAUUUGGGCUUUGAAGGCGUUUGCGAAAUGCGCUGGCAUCCAAAGGACAGAGGAGGUAUGGGAGGAGGUCCACAGCAAAUGGUAUGGUGAGAGCGAAGAGGUUGACUUUGCCAAAAAGGUCAUGUCUUCUCUCGUGGAUUCGAAUUAUUCAGGACCGUGA